GUGCCGGUAGGAAAGGUGCUGCUGCGGAACGUCAUCCGGCACACGGGCGCGCACAACAAGAUUCAGGAAGAGACAGAAAUGUGGAAAAUAAGGGAGUGGGAGAAGCAGACAGAAGAGACUUACUGGAAAAGGCAAAGCAGAAUGCUGUCGGACACUUCCAGAUGGACAUCCAAGACUUGCUGGAUUUUUGCUCCUCUCGCUGGACUAACCCCUUGCUCAGAAAGUUUCUCCAUCAGAGCUGACAGCUGAAGGACACCUGUUCUCUUUCUGCAGCAGUCGGAUGCGCAGUGAUGGCUUUGAUGAGGAGGGCCACAGGGCUGACUGGAAAACAAAGAACUCACAAUUUCUUGACCUAGUUGAAGAUGACCUCCUUAGGGCCCGAUCCUGGAAUAAAAAGCUAUAUGAAUGUGAAGCCAACAUGCCAGACAGGUGGGGUCACAGUGGUUAUAAAGAGUUGUACCCUGAAGAAUUUGAUACGGAUAGUGACCAGCAAGAAGGAGAUGAACAAAAUGCUGUCAAUGGGAAGAAGAAAUCUCAUCUGGGAAAGCAAACUGCCCAUGAGUCGCACAAACGGAAAAAAACAAAGAAGUCACACAAGAAGAAGCAAAAAAAGCGAUCGCACAAAAAGCGAAAGAAAAAGAAAAAGGAGCAGGGGAGAACAUCAUCAGAUUCUUCCCAGGAGAGUGAGUGCUCAGAAGAGGAGACUUCAGGCACCCAGAAAGGGAAACACAAGCGCAAGAAAAAGACCAGGAAAGUGCCUGCCAGGGAACCUACCUCUUCUUCUGGGCAGGAAAGUGACUUUUCUCAUGCAAGCAGCUCAACCACCAGCAGCUCUGAGGACAGUGAAUCUGAGGAGAAAAAAGAGAAACGGCCCCCAAAAAAGAGAAAGAAACGUCAGAAUUCCAUGUCAGAGAGGCACAGUGAAGUACCAGAGAAGAGGAGCAAGAGGAAGAACUGGAAGGUGGCCGCUGAUGAAAAAUCAGAGGAUAGCUCAGAUGAGGACUGAUGAGUCUAGGCUGCAGCUCAAACAGUAAGGUAGAGGACAGAGACAGAUAUUUAUCUUUCAGCACUGCCCCAUGGUACAACUUGUUUCAACACUGUGGUUUAUAUACAUCCUGCCAGCCGACAAGGGAGAAACUGAACCUUGGCAGCCUCCAGUAGGUGCCCCCUUGCUUUUCAUUGACUUGACAUUCAGAAACCCGGGGGAGCAGUUGCCUGUCUCACAGGUUGGCUAGUCCUGCCAACUUCAGAUUUUUUUUCUGUGACCAGGUUGACCUCUGAUGCACGAAAACGUUAUAGGCUCUCUGCAGGGGGAAAACAAGCAUGUUUGCACCUUUUUUUUUUUUUUUUUUUUUUUUAAAAUUAAGUUUUAACAGAUUGGUUUUUUGGGUUACUAAAUCAAUGAUCAAGACUUGCAAUAGGAGAGGGGAGAGACAAAAAGUCUGAUAAUAGAGGAAGUGUCACUGGAUUUAACCCUACAGUAGCUUUGUCUUCCCAUCCUCCAACAAAAGCAGACCUGUGUGGCAGCAUGCACACGGUCAGCUGGAUGCAGAAGGGAGCACAAAGGAAUCCUCUGAUUCCAGCUGAAGGUGCACUGACUCCUUCCAUAAUGGUGAAGAAAAGACACCGGUGCAUUUGCUUGUUUUAGACUUCUCUCCAAAUCCUGGCAUGGGCUGGCCAUUGUGUCUGCCUUUCCUUCAUUCUCUCUAGGGGGAUGCUGAAACCGUUUGUGCUGACAGAGAAGCCUCGGUGGGUGUUGUGUUCUGUCUCUGGUCUGCCCAAUGUAUUCCUGGAGAAAUUGGUUCUGGGCCGUUCUCCCUGCAGUUGAACAGCCAAGCCUUUUAACAAAAUAAAUAAAUCCAGACAUGUUCGAUGCUUUUGUCAUUGUUUUGGAGUAAAGCCCGGGGACAGAGCACAGGCCUGAGAAGCCUAGGUGGUCCUUGUGUUCUCCCUGUGCCAUGCGUUUCUGCCCAAUCAAACCAGGUGGCUGUGGAGGGCUUGGAGGAAAUGAAGUAAGGGAAGCUGGAGUGGAAAGCAGCCAUUGGGGAAAUGUACUGUGCUGAUGCGAUUGUUGUGUGUUGGUGACCAAGCACAGCUCCAGCUUUAUGCCUGAACAAGUACAAAAUGGUGUCAGUGCUGUCCCUAGGUCCUCGUUCCAGGUCCUGGUCACAGUCCCUCUUUCCGUUUCAAGUGAAAAGAUGUUCUCUGCAUGCCCUUGUCUGUUGGCUAAUGCCAGAGGCUUGGAGAAAGCAGUAUUGCAGGCUCAGCGUGCUUUCAGCUGCUCGCUCUUUAU